UCGGCUUCCACUUAGCGCGGUCUCCACGUAGCGCUUCCCCGGCUACGGAUUGCGCAACUCAGGCAGCCGGGAGGAGCCUGGACGUAGGCGGAGCAGCGACCGGCGGGAGAACGCCCCGGGUGCAGACGCCACAAGGAAGCCCCGACAGCCCUCGAGACGCCCACUGACUGCGCCUGCGCACGCUCGAUCCAGGCCGCCGACAUUCCAGAGCCGCAAUCCGUCCAGCCCCAAUUCCGGGGCGGAGUUCUUGGCUGCGCCUGCGCACAGCCUCGCCGCACCCUACGCCUGCGUGCUUAGCCAGCCCGGCCCCAUCCCCCAGAUUUUUUCGGGUGGGGGAGGGGGCGCGUCUCGGCGAGUCACGUUGAUGGCGGCCACCAGCUUGUGGUGAGCUAGCGGAUUCUCUGCUUGUCUCGCAGACCCCUCGUGCCUCUUGGACUCAGUGGCUGGCGCCGGGCGCGUGAGGAAGCACGGCGGCCCAAACUCUCGGGGAAGGCCGCAGUCGCGGAGGCAGCGGCGCGGCCCGGGCCCAGGGCUGGGGGAGAGGCCGCUCCGCAGGGCGAAUGUGACAAGCCCCCACCCCCACCGCCUUCCUCCCGAGUGCGCUAGGAGCGCGGGCGACCCCGGGGCCCCGCCAGGCCACAGACCCCGCCCAGCGGCCAGCACCCGGAGCAGGCCCGGCAGCGGAGCUGCGCGGCGGCACCAUGCUGGUCACCCUGAAGACCCUCCAGCAGCAGACCUUCAAGAUCGACAUAGACCCCGACGAGACGGUGAAGGCGCUGAAAGAGAAGAUUGAAUCUGAAAAAGGGAAAGAUGCCUUUCCUGUAGCAGGUCAAAAAUUAAUUUAUGCAGGAAAAAUCCUCAAUGAUGAUACUGCUCUAAAAGAAUAUAAAAUUGAUGAAAAAAACUUUGUGGUGGUUAUGGUGACAAAACCCAAAGCAGUGACUACACCAGCACCAGCUACAACCCAGCAGUCAAAUCCUGCCACCACGACCACAGUUAGCUCCACCACAGCUCCAGCUGUGGUCCAGGUCCCGACCUCUCCUCCCGCUUUGGCUCCCACUCCUACCCCUGCGUCCAUCACUCCAGCAUCAACGACAGCAUCUUCUGAACCUGCGCCUGCUAGUGCAACGAAACAAGAGAAACCUGCAGAAAAGCCAGCAGAAACACCAGUGGCUACUAGUCCAACAUCAACUGACAGUACAUCAGGAGAUUCUUCUCGGUCAAACCUUUUUGAAGAUGCAACAAGUGCACUUGUGACAGGUCAGUCUUAUGAGAAUAUGGUAACCGAGAUCAUGUCAAUGGGAUAUGAGCGAGAGCAAGUAAUUGCAGCCCUGAGAGCCAGUUUCAACAACCCUGACAGAGCAGUGGAGUAUCUUUUAAUGGGGAUCCCCGGAGAUAGAGAAAGUCAGGCUGUGGUUGACACCCCUCCAGCGGUUAGUACCGGGGCUCCUCAGUCUUCAGUGGCUGCCGCUGCAGCAACUACGACAGCAUCGACCACAACAGCAAGUCCUGGAGGACAUCCUCUUGAAUUUUUACGGAAUCAGCCUCAGUUUCAACAGAUGAGACAAAUUAUUCAACAGAAUCCUUCCCUGCUUCCAGCAUUGCUACAACAGAUAGGUCGAGAAAACCCUCAAUUACUGCAGCAAAUUAGCCAACACCAGGAGCAUUUUAUUCAGAUGUUAAAUGAACCAGUCCAGGAAGCCGGCGGGCAAGGAGGAGGGGGCGGAGGUGGCAGUGGAGGGAUUGCCGAAGCUGGAAGUGGUCACAUGAACUACAUUCAAGUGACGCCUCAGGAAAAAGAAGCUAUAGAAAGGUUAAAGGCACUAGGAUUUCCUGAAGGACUUGUCAUACAAGCAUAUUUUGCUUGUGAGAAGAAUGAGAACUUGGCUGCCAAUUUUCUUCUACAGCAAAACUUUGAUGAAGAUUGAAAGGGACUUUUUUUUAUCUCACACUUCACACCAGUGCAUUACACUAACUUUGUUCACUGGAUUGUCUGGGAUGACUUGGGCUCAUAUCCACAAUACUUGGUAUAAGGUAGUAGAUUGUUGGGGGUGGGGAGGGAGGGAUCUAGGAUACAGGGCAGGGAUACAUACAGUGCAUGUCUGCUUCAAGUAGCAGAUGCCGCAAAUCCACACAGUGUGUAAAAUAUUAUACAACCAAAAAUCAGCUUUUGCAGGUCUUUAUUUCUUCUAUAAAACAGUAGGUAACUUUUCCUAGGUUUCACUCUUUUUAGUGUACUAGAUCCAGAAAUUUAGUGUAAUGCCCUGCUUUAUAUUUCUUUGACUUAACAUUGGUUUCAGAAAGAAUCUUUGCUACCUAGAAUUUACAGUCUCUAUUUCAUGGCAACACUGGAUAAUGGCUUUGUGAAAUUGAAAAAAUUUUGGAGCAAUUGUAAACAGAAAUGCCAAAUUAUUGAUGGUUUUUGUUGCUGCUUCAAAUACGUAUUGAAUUAAUGUGUAAGAAAGCCCAUUCUUUCAUGUUAAAUACUUGGGGUUGGGGAGGGGAGAAGGGGAACCUUUUCUUAAAAUGAAAAUAAUUACUGCUAUUUUAAAAUUUCUUGAUCAUCGAAUGUGAGACCCUUCUAACAUGAUUUGAGAAGCUGUACAAGUAUAGGCAGAGUUAUUUUCCUGUUUACAUUUUUUUUUUUUUUUUUGGUUUGUUUUGGGAAAAAAUUGGUAGGUGUCUAAUUACUGUUUACUUCAUUGUUAUAUUGCAGUAAAAGUUUUAAAACCACCAUUGCAUGUUUGCUUUUGAUGUAUCCCUUUGUGAAAUUAGCACUUUGGGGCCAAUGGAGAAAUGCAGCAUUCGUUUCCCUCUCUUCCCCUUCCCUCUGCAGAAAUGUGUUUGUCAAUAAGUCGUGAGUUCAAAUUGCUGCCUUUUUUUUUAAAACCCACAAGAUGCUGAUUCAGUUCAAAAUUAGCUAAUGUUUCAAAGCUGGGUUUCUGAUAUUUAUAAGUGUUUUUCCUUAUUAGAUAAGAAUAUAUGACCAUUAAAGUCAUUAGGAUUAUAUUACUUUCAAAAAAGAAGGUGGACAAAAGUAUAAAUCCAGCAUCUCUUAUUGCGUUGGAAAGACUGGCAUAAUCUUUUGGAAGGGUUGGGAGAUGCAGCUGGAAAAGUACUUUGGAAAAUAUACAAUCAAAAAUAUCUCAUGGCAUAUUAAAAGAAAAUCUUAAUAGCAGUGUUGGCUUUUAUUUGGAUUUUUUUCAGCUCUUUUUUAUUAGACUCUCCUUCAUUGGCAUAUUAUUGGAUCAUAAAGAGGGGGAAAAUAUCUCCUUGUUUAGUUUUUCAAAUCUUUUCUUCUGAAUAUAAACAAGACUGUUUAAAGAAAUAAUUUUUUUCCCCUACCAUCUGAUACUGAGUAAAGAAAAUGAAUUUGCACAGAUGUCUCCCUGCAUAAUCUCUUGCAAUAAUCCUUAGCAAGGUUUGGAGGUGACUUUGAAGCUUUUACGUCAUGCACUCGUACCUGUCUCUUAUGAAAAUAAAUGAAGCCAUGACUUCUCCCCACAGUGUUAUCAUGUAGUUUAAUCUUCAUGCUUAUACCUUAAAUACAGCAGACCUUUGGACUUUGUAUUGCCUGUAUGUUUUAUAAUGGAUCAUGCAAAAUGUCUCAGGAGAAUAAAAUGAGGAUUUGUAAAUAUGUUCAUCUUUCAAGGCAGAGUUGAGUUGGGAAGAGGGUGGCAUUUCUGGUCGGAGGAUGGAAUAUUUUCAUUUAUUUUAUGCCAUUUUAUCUGCCACCUAAUUGCUCAGCAUAGCGAAAACUGGAAAAAAGAAAAGCAAAAACAAACCAAAACCCCAGCAGCAGACUCUUCUUUUCUCUGGAAAGUGACAGCAGAAGUUGGUGGCACGGAGUUUUUGUCCUUGGACAACAAAACCACAAAUAGUGGGAUUAAUAAUUACAAGAAGACAGUUUCAGGCCAAGUUUUGACCAUUCUUUACAGUACCUUGUUUUAUCUGCUUAAAGAAUUAGCCAAGAUGCUGUGAAAGAAAUAGGCUUUUUGUGACCUUUUGCUGUUACCUUUAAUUUACAGUUCUGGUAAAUCUUUUAAUGUAAGUGGCUCUUUGACUUUGGAAUUUUUUUGCAUUUGAGGUAUUCUGUCAUCUAUUUCUUGAAAUAUUUUUAUUGUUUAGUUUCUCUAUGGAAAUGUGAGGAAGCUUAAGUUUAUAUUUGUUAAAUUCUUAUUGCCAUCCUCUAGUCAAAUAUGUCUUUUGCAUUGUUUAAAAAUACUGAAGUGUUCCACCAUAUAAAUUUUUCCUGUACCAUGGCUAGGAUUCUAGAGAAUUAAUUAUAAAAUAUUUUCAAUACA